AUGGGUCAACGGGGACUUUCUGCCGUUGCCGGGAAUGCCGGUUUUCUUCAAUGGGAGGCCUGCCCCGAAAACGAGCCGUUGCUUUCUGCUCGCCACCACAAUGGUUUCUUUCAAUCCGUUAAUCUUGAUACUGCCGCAGUGUCGCAAACCUUUCUACAAAGCAAUCUUUCAAUCCCCGCUCUUCUGUUUAAAAUCACCAAAGACUCGAAACGGUUUGGUGGUACAGAAUCUCGAAUGAUGAUACCGACUCUUUCCCCUGCUGCUGCUGCCAACGACAUUCCUACAGACGAUAAUCCUCACGAAUGCUGCACCACGAUAUCUUGGCCAGGAGAAGAUUUCACCGUAUUAUUUGUCCACCCGAAAAUCACCAAGACCAACCAAUAUUCGUCGUUCCGAUUUACGGCUGGCGUUUUGCUAGGGGUCGGUUACGCGUCUCUACGUUUUGAGAGCCUUGGUAAGACUGUUUCGAAAGCCAUCAAGGACACUGCCAUCGAUGCCUUGAAUAACAUAUAUCAGGUCCAAAGCCUUGUUUUUUGCUUGUUUCUCUUUUUGGUUGCUCGGCCUGAAAUCCCGCCGUCGUUGUGUUUCGUAGUUGGCAUGCUGUCAGGGGCCAGUUUAACCUCCCAUGGAUCCCUCAUCCACCGAAAGGCAUUAGACUUCGGGUCCUUUGUUUAUCGCAGCGUCUUGAAAACCACUUAUAUUGCGGAUACUUUCGAUUUUUUGAAUAUCGAUCGCCAAACUCGGGAUAUCAACCAUAUAGAUUCUCGUCUUGUUGCUUCUGUGUUUUGCGUUCAAUGUUGUACGAACGGGAGCUUCUGCCUUGCAACGCCGAUACCGUACUUGUUUUCAUUGACCCACACGGCCACUUCUCAUUACCAUCGUUCCUACGACGAUGACCCAUCGACUUUAGCAUCUACAUCUCAUGUUCCCUUUAGUCUCAUGAUUCACGAUUCUCACUUGUACAUGUUGAUUUAA